AUGGUAGAUGUAAUGACAACAUCACCAGACUUUUCUAAAACGGAAGAUUUUGAGGACGGUGAAUUGCCAGAAGAUGGCGAGAUUCAGGAUGAGGAAGAGGGAAUGAAUAUUGGAAAACGCAAAGCGAGCCCGACCAGAGAUAUUGCCCCCGCCCAAUCUUCAAUUCAUAGUUCUCCUGCUCCCAGGAAACCUGCCCCUCGAGGUUAUGGAGAUGACAUAGAAGCAGUUUCUGAAAAAUGGCCGAAUGAAAACGAUUCCAAUGACUUUCCAGUAUCAAGUGCUGAAGAUAGAGACUAUCGAUUAGAAGAUGAAACUUAUAGAGAUUGUGAUUAUAGACCCGCCCCAGGCAGGAGAAGACGCCAUUCUCCUACUGAGGAAGAUUUCGAUCAGAGAGGCGCUAAGCGUUCUUUUGGAAAACAAUGGCGUACUUUUCACCAUAAGCCAAAAAAGGCAACAGAACAUUUAAUUUGUAAAUUUUUCCGAGAGGGAUAUUGUCGAGAUGGGGACAAUUGUGCCUACUCACAUCAAGCAGAAGAUUCACUUAGGAAGGCUGAGCUAUGCCGGUUUUAUCAGAAUGGAUUCUGUAAAAAAGGCUUAACAUGUCUUGCACUCCACGGAGAGUUCCCUUGUAGAGCUUUCCAUAGAGGCGAAUGUACUAGGGAUCCUUGUCAUUUUAGUCAUCAACCUUUAACAGAUUAUACACGUCCCCUGGUGGAACGAAUGUUACAAGAAGACGAAGUGAUACGACCAUCAUCAUCUCAUUACCCACCGGCCGGUGGACAACAACCAAGACGAAGAGUGCUGCUUCCACAAGGACCUGCAGCUGGAGGAUCUUCGAUCCCUCCGGGACCGAUUAUACAUGCUCCUAUACCCCAACAACAAGUGAGUAACGGACAGUUAGCUCCUCCAUCAGUCGUCGUCCCAACAUUAGCCACAUCACACUCAGCACCAUAUCCAGCAUCCCAGACCACUACGCAUUCAUCUGGGUAUGGAACUUCACAUUCCCAGCCGAUAAGUGAAGCAAAAAAUACGGGAGCUCCUCAAUUUGAUAUUUCUCAAAUGUUAGCGCAAAUUGCGGGAGAGCAAGUAGUCGAAGAUAGUCCUGCUAGUCCUCCUACCUAUGGAAGUGCUGCAGAUGGUAUAAUAUGUUCAAUACCUCAGCAGGCUCAGGUUAUAUGGAGACUAGUUCCUGUAACUUCACAACCAUCUUAUUACGGCGUCGAUCCUAACGCCGCAGGAUCCAAUGAUCCACGAAAAAGCCGUGUUAUUUCAAGUCAAUUUGAUGCAGUAUCGUCUUUAAUAGCUGCCGGAUGUCCUCAAAGUGACAAUCAACCGGUGACCAGCCUAGUUAGAGAUCCCCGACGAAGACCAGAGGAGCGAAAAACCAGUGAUGAUAGCAGUAAACCUCGAGUCUCAUCGUGGAUGCCUACAAUCGAUCGUUGA